UUCAACAUAAGGGUGAGCAGAGAACGUCCGGCACUUCCUGGAGGCUGGCUUUUGCGGCCGCAGCACGCUGAGGGCGCCGGGGCUACACCUCCUCCAGCAGUGUGCUCUCCCUCACGGUGCAGCAGCAGUCCCUCAUCCAGAGGUCACUGGUCCCGGCGAAGAGUGUUAAAGAGAAUGGGCCCAGCUUGGCCGUGGCUGCUGGGAGCCGGGGUCCUGGCCUCUGUCUGCUGUCAGCCCUUUCCUGUCCAUGGAGAUAAGAACCCCGGGGUGCCUCAGACCUCCAGUCACCAGCUUGCAGAGCUAGCCCCUGCCUACCACAAAGUUGUGCCCACCAUUACCAAUUUUGCUUUGCGUCUGUAUAAGCAGCUGGCAGCACGCACCCCAGGAAACACCCUCUUCUCCCCAGUGAGCAUCUCCAGCACCCUGGCCCUGCUGGCUCUUGGGGCCCAUGGUGACACCCAGACUGAGAUUUUGGAGGGCCUCGGCUUCAACCUCACGGAGACCCCAAGCCCCGACAUCCACCAAGGCUUCCAGAGCCUCCUCCGCACGCUUGACCUGCCCAGCCCCAAAUUCGAACUAAAGGUGGGCAACUCCUUGUUUCUAGACAAGCAGCUGAAACCUCAGCAGCGCUUUCUGGACAGUGUCAAGGAGUUGUACGGAGCUGUGGCUUUCUCUGCUAACUUCACGGACUCUGCCACAACGGGGAGGCAGAUCAACGAGUUUGUGAAGAAGCAGACUUAUGGGCAAGUCUCAGACUGUUUCCAGGAGCUGGGCCACGACACGCUCAUGGUUCUCCUCAAUUACAUCUUCUUCAAAGCCAAGUGGAAGCAUCCUUUCGAUCGCUACCGGACCCGCAAGCAGGAGGAGAGGACCUCGGGGCACGCGCCCCUGAUGCAGCAGCGGGAGAUGCACAGGUUCCUCUACGACCAGCAGGUGGCGUGCACGGUGCUCCAGAUCGAGUACAGCGGCAACGCGCGGCUGCUGCUGGUGCUGCCAGACCCUGGGAAGAUGAGGCAGGUGGAGGCCGCACUGCAGCCGGAGACCCUGCGGAGGUGGGGCCAGCGCUUCCAGCCCAGCCUGCUGGAUUUGCACUUGCCGAGGUUUUCCAUUUCCGGAACAUAUAACCUGGAAGAGAUCCUUCCCCAGAUUGGUCUCACCAAUAUAUUCGACGUGGGAGCCGACUUUUCAGGAAUUGCCGAGCAGCUCAACAGAACCAUCUCCCGGGUGUCACACAGGGCAGUGGUGGACAUGAAUGAGAAGGGAACCGAGGUAGGGGCUGCCUCAGGCCUCCUCUCCCAGCCGCCGGCCCUGAACACGACCUCGGCACCGCACGCCCACUUCAACAGGCCUUUCCUGCUGCUGCUGUGGGAAGUGACCACCCAGAGCCUGCUCCUCCUGGGCAAAGUCGCCAACCCAGCGGCAGGGUGACCUUGCCAAGAGGUUGGGGGUGUCUUCUCUCCCCUGGCCAAGCAGGAAGGCCAGCCCCAGCCUGCAUGUCAGGCCGGCUGUGCGGGCUGGCGCACCCCUGGGCACAGACGCUAAUAAAGUUUGGGUUUAUGAACACUGA